AAUAGAUUGAUAUUUGCUAAAACUUAAGAAAUGUCUCUUGCAGAACAAUCAGUUUCAGAACAUGAAGUUAUUGUACCACCUAAUUUGCCACUAAUUUUAAAGGAAUUUUGUAAGGCGGCUAUUCGAACUCAACCGUAUGAUUUACUUUUAUGGUCCAGUUCGUAUUUUCGAGCAUUGGCCGAUGGAGAAGAACCACCUACGAAAUUGAGAUUGGAAUAUCCACCACCGAAUACAGCUUCCGGUUUGACUUUCGGCUUCCUGAGAAUUUUACUUCGACAAUUUGGAGAUUAUAAUAAAUUUUUACCUGUGGAAACGAUUUUAAGACGAUGGGACUGCUUGUGUUUGGAUCGUCGAGAUCUAAAUUUAAUUUUGAUGAUAGGAAAAUUUCGACGAAAAUGCCAAGUAAAAAAAUUUUUGGCAAUCGCCGUUGGACUUUUAAAUUCAAGUCUCUUUGAAACAAUGCUUAUGAUUUGUGAACUGUUCACUCAUGAACCUGAAGGUGGAUCUGCUAUGGUUCCUGUUACAUUUUUUUUGGAAAUAUAUGGAUAUCUAGCGGGACUUCGUUGUGAUGGAACUGAAAGAGAUUCUGCCGAUGAAGAUCCAACAGAAUUUAUUAUAUGGGAUUCUGAAUAUUUUGCAAUUCAAGAAAAAAACAAGGAAAAGUUUUUUAUAGAUCGUGCUUGUUCAAUUACGAGCCAAGAUACUGAAGCUGAUGUGAAUUUAGAUUUGGAAUUAGUAUCAAGAGAAGAUAUCGAUUCUUCAAGAACGGACAUAACACCACAAUUGAGCGACAAUUAUAUUAAUUACAAAAAAACAAUUGAAGAUGAAGUGAAACAAGACUUGUAUAGUAAGAAACUAUUAAGAAUGGAAUCUGAAACUUUUGUUAAUGAUGCUGAAUCAAGUAAAAAAAUAGAUUCUAAUGAUGAACAGAAAUUAAAUAAAUAUGAAAAUGUAUCUGCGAAGAAUGCGACUAAUAGCAGUACAUCAGAAGAGAAUUAUAGUAAGAAACAUAGUAUACGAAGUACAGAAGAUAGAAAUAUAAGCGAAAAAAGGAAAAAGAAGAAGGCUUUAGAUCCAAAAUUAUUCAAGUACUAUCCCAAUGUUCCUGGUAUUGGACCUCGGUUAUCAGCUGAAGAAGUAGCUAGCGUUGCAAUAUGGUUGAGUGAAUGCGCAAAAGUACAAGAAGGUAUGGUUGGCCCGCGAAAUCUUCGGCAUAUGAAUUGUCCUCCUUUAGAUAGGCAACAGACAUCGGACUCGUAACAAAAUGCAAUAUGAUAUAAUUAAUAUGAAUUUGCAAAAAUUUUUAAAUAUUAAACAUAGAGCA